AUGUCUGAAAAUACCACUGCGAUAGCCUCCUCCUCUGCUCCUCUCCACAUUUCCAGUAUCGUCAUCUGCCCCGACGAUGCUUCGAAGAAGAAGGUUGAAUUUGUCGAGUUGGAGCUUGAUUCACAGCGACGGGAAAUCCGCCGUGGCUCGGGAAACGACAAAGACCUUAGUGCAAAGUUCGAUCCCGCCAUCGCGGUGAGUACUGAGCGGGUUUCCUUGAUUGUGCACUGUCAGCAUCACACUGUGCGGAAGACUAUCGUGGAGUUUUCAUUGGACGGAAAAGACAUCCUGUCCAACGCAGUGGAUCAAGAUGGUAAACGAGAGUAUCGGACGACUCAGCGGAAGAUCACUAUCAUCAUUACAAUAUCACGGCUGCAGCCGACUAGCAAUAGUAUCCUACAGAUUUGUCCAAGGUUCCGACUACUGGUAAUAGGGAAGACAGGAGUCGGCAAGUCUUCGUUGAUCCACCAGGCAUUUAAGAUAAACGAAGUGCAUGUCUCUGAACACACGCGGGGCAAAACGGAUAUCGAUAAGGAGUUCAUCGCACCAGAAAACGGGCGAUUUGUCCUGCACGAUAGUGAGGGAUUCGAAUCUGGCGACAGCGCCAGUUUUUCGGAUGCAAAAGAGUUCAUUGCCCGCCGACGCAAAAUGCCCGAACUGAAGGACAAGAUACAUGCGGUCUGGCUCUGCCUCUCGAUACCUCAUGCCAGUGGGCGGCUGCUUGAGAGUGGAGUAGAGGAGUUUCUAAAAUCGAGAAAGGAAUUAUUGGGCGAUAUUCCGAUCAUUGUUGUCUUUACCAAGCAGGAUCUUCUUGUCAACACACUGAAGCUCAACGCCAUGAAAUCGGGAGGAUGGGAUGCAGCUGCACUCGAUCAGCUUAAAAGAGACUCUUUGAAUAAUCUGUGUGUCCAGCCACUUGAGCAUGAGGUUGGAAGUGACAUCCUACAUGCAACAAUUUCCACAAAAAAUGGGUAUGAGAACACCAUAAGAGAGCUGGUUGAACUCACGACCACGAACGUCGAAAAAUUUGAAGCGUCAUUAACUAUGAUGAUAGCCCAGCGAGUCGAUAUUGGACUUAAAGUUAAGGCAUCAAUUGCCAUUGGCAAGAAAAGGUAUUGGAGAGGUCUCGGUUCGAGCAUGGACUUCGCAGGCUUCACCAUGCAGGACUGUUUGUCCGUGAUUCACAAGGACGUCAUUGACGUUUGGAACUUCAAUGACCCUUACUGUCAUUUAGCCGAUGAAAAGUUCCGAACGCAGAUUCUAAAUGAUCUGGACAACACCGACCUUCCAAAUCUAGCGCAAGCUGUUCAAUUUGGCCUCUCUGUUGUCGCGGAAAUUUUGAAACUGCCGCUAGCAGGCCCGAUUCUACCGAUCGUUGCGUCGAUUGCCGCAGGGGUGGUCGUGGUUAAGUGGGCUUAUGAUACCUAUCAACGGACAGACAUUGUCUUGCGUCGGAUUAUGACGUACAUCGUAGAUUUAACAUGCAUCAUGCAGAUCUUAUUCCUGCUAGCGCCGGCAGGGCCCGUCUCUCGUCGUGCCAUCAAAGCUGCUAUCAAAACCUAUGGGGUGACUGGCAAAAGCGGUGUCCACUUGAAGAUCAAAUCCUGGCAUAUGCCUCUGACUCCUAGUGGAAGAGACGAUGCGCUUGAGAAGAUUGUUGGAUUGAUCGAGGAUCACUCCAUCAAGGCUGAUGAAGUUGAGGACCUGAGGACGCAGAUUCGGCAGCAGAUGAUGAGGUUGCAACUAGACGAAGAGUGGUAAUCAGCCCGAGCCUUCAUGGUAGCCCUCAGUGAUUGUUCUAGCUUCGUACCCUGCAGUUAUACUCUGCAAUUUCAAUAUGUAUGCACACGCGUAGUCUCGAGUCAAGGCCUUUAUUUAUAUUCCGUGACUCCAUUCACCAGCCAGGAUUCUCUGGCACACUGGCAACGUAAUGGCUACAUGCAGUUUACAAGCUCGGUCUUUGCGUAGUUCGAAGGCGAGUCAAUGAUCAGGUUAAAGCCAAGUUCAAAGGUGGUCUGAGCAUU